GUGCUGGAGUAGCCCGCGACCGCAUUGUUUACAUAGUGGUCGCUGCUCGCUUCUGGGCGUCUCGUCACGCUGUUGUUCCUCACUCUUUUCUCCACACACCACAACUGGCAGUGGUAUCCUCUGGAACACAUAUUUUACGAAACUGAAGUAAAGGCUUAUAUAGAACCAAUUCUGUUUCAGCCCUCUAAUUGAAGCAAGGAUACAUCUCGUAGCCUGCAGAAGACAUUUUCUGGCCCCAGGACGUACCAUCAAGGUGUGAGAAAAAGAAACACUGAAAGACAGCUUGAUCUAGAGCAACGUCUUUUUCCAGCAGAAACAAUAAAACAGCAGCAAUUGGAAAAAGCGCAGUAAAAAAUGUUUACAUUUCGAGUGCAGUUGUGUGCUCUAGUAAAAGAUUCUAUCCAGGCCUCGAGGAAUUAUCGAAAACUUGUAAGGCAGCCCGUGAGAGUACAUACACCUACAGUCAAUGAAGAGGAAAAAGUAUUGAAGCAAUAUGAAGAGACUAUUUCAGUAAUUAGCUCUAAUACUAAAACAAAAGAAUCAAGACCGAAGAAGGAAUUAAACAGCCAUGAAGUGUACAGCGAGUCUUCCAAAAAAUCUUGGAAUAUUGUGAAUGAAAUUCAGUACACACAUUUAGCAAAAGCUAAGAACUAUAUAAGGGGAAUACUUAAUAAUGUCAACUCGCAAAAGUUCAGAGCUGAAAACAAGAUUUUUGUGGCAGAGGGUCAUCGCAUUGCAAAGGAAGCGCUAGAUGCUGGUGUUACUCCUGAAGCUAUCUACUUUAGUCGACUCAGUGAUCUUGCUCAUCUGAAAUCUGGACCCUCUGAUUUUGGAUUAAAAGAACUUGAGGAACUAAAUAAAUUGCCUCUCUUCAAGACCCCUUACAAGACACUGCAGAUGUGGUCCUCGCUUUCAACUUGUCCUGGCAUUUUGGGUGUUUUCAAGCAACCAGAAUGUAAACAAAUUCAUCAUACUUCCCAGAAUCUUCCAUUAACUGUAAUCCUUGAUGAAAUCCGAGAACCUGGAAACAUAGGUGGAAUUCUACGUACAGUCGCAUCAGUUGGAGUUGAUCAUGUAAUUCUUACAAAAGGAUGCUGUGAUCCAUGGGAAUCCAAGGUUUUGCGAGCAGCAUGUGGAGCACAUUUUCGGCUGAAGCUAACAUGCAAAGUAACCUGGGACAUCAUGAAGAGUUAUAUUCCUGACAGUACUCCACUCUUGUUAGCUGAUGUGUGUCGAGACCAAAAAGAUCUUAAUACUAUAAGUGAGAGUGAAAAUGUACAGCAACAACAAGACUUGGCAGUUGAACCGUCGACUAAAAAACAAGAGUCUGUAGUUUAUGAUGAUGAAAUGGUAAGCUCAUAUGAAAUGGACAGUGACGGAAGCAAAUUUAUUAUUGAUUCGAGUUAUGUUGAUGAAGAACAUCUUUCUAAUUAUAAAAAUGUGAAACUUCCUGUCCAUUAUUAUGACGAACCAGAAAUUACUCGGAUGAUCAACGGCAUGAGACUCGGUGCCUGUAUUAUUAUUGGUGGGGAGACUGGCCUCAGCAAUGCUGCCAAGAAAUUCUCGUAUUGUAAUGGAGGUAUUCAAAUCGCAGUUCCAGUGGCCAAUGGUAUGGACAGUUUAAACACAAGUGUUGCUGCAGGUAUUAUUCUCUAUGAAAUUCAAAAGCAGUAUCGUCAGCAUUACCUGCAUCGGCAAAAUAUUGCGACCAAUGAAAGGUCUUCGUGAAAAUUUGCUUCUCAAUUAAGGUUUUAAGGGAAAAAAAAAAAAAUUGUAUUUUUUGAAAAAGUAUUCUCUACAUAAUUUCUUGGUGACCUUAUAAGUGUAUGUGUUACUAAGGGCCAUAUAUACAUUUGUAAAAGCAUAUACUGUAUACAGCAUAUGUAUAUGUAUGUAUUUAUGUGUAUAUAUAAUUUUAUACUUUGGAUCAGUGCAGGCAAUUGCAUCAAUUGCUACAUUUUUAUGGAAUAUGAAUAUACAGUAUUUCUGGCAGUAACUUAUAACAUUCUAAAAAUUAAGAGAACAUAAUUUUAGCACAUUGAACAUUGUAUGAAAUAAGUAUAAAGCAUGCAUAUAGGUAGCUAUGCUGACUAGAUGCUCAUAUGCUACUAUUGACGAGUCUUGCUCCAGUAUCAAGUUCUUAA